AUGCCUAAAGCUUUGCCUCCCUCUGAUGUCCAGAAUGUUGUUGAUAAGUUCAAAAAAGGCCUUCACUACUCAGAAAUUCACUCUCAAACUGGUGUCAGUACUGGAAUGAUUAGCAGGAUAAGGGCAAUGCACUUUCCUGAGCUCCCCAAGCACUCUGGUGGCCACCCUUCUAAGCUCUCACCAACCAAUAUUUGCCAUGCCACCCACUUGUUGACUGGCCCUGCCCCCACAACCCCAUGCCUAGUUGCUCAAGAGAUCUCUAGCACAAAUGGGGUCCCUGUCUCAAGCCUUAAUGUGCAUUGGGCAGUGCAGAAAGCUGGUGUGGUACCUUUUGUCAAGCCCAAAAAGCCAGCUAUGACAAAGGAACAUAUCAAGGCAUGCUAUGAAUUUGCUAUGGCACACCAGCACUGGACAAUUGAUGACUGGAAGAGGAUCCAAUGGUCAAAUGAGACCAAGUUCAACAGAUUUGGGUCAGAUGGGCACCACUAUGCCUAUAAAGGGUUGGCUAGGCACCUCAGCCCCACCAGAUCAUCAAAACACCACAAGCAUGGAGGAGGCCAUAUCAUGAUUAGGGCAUGCAUGGGAUGGGAAGGCUCUGGUCUUAUGUGCAAGAUAGAUGGGUCUCUCACUGCUACCCCCCAAAUUUUGGCUUGGGCCAGCAUGCAACCACUUUUGGACAUGGAGAAGGUCAUAUUUAAGCAAGACAAUGCAAGCUCCCACAAGGCCCAUGUUGUAAAGGACUGGUUCCAAGAGAAUGGCUUAGAGGUCUUUGAGUGGCCUGCUAACUCCCCAGACCUCAAUCCAAUUGAAAACCUUUGGGAUCAAGUCAAGAGGGAACUUUAUAGCUAUGAAACCCCUGCAAGUGGGAUGUUGGAAUCAUGGGAGAGGGAGGCCUUCCAGGGGCUGAAGGAUGCUCUCACCAAUGUCCCCGUCCUGUGCCAUGCCAACCCUACAAAGCCCUAUUUCCUUGAGGCAGAUGCAUCUGGUGCUGCCUUAGGAUCUAUUCUAAGCCAACAUCAGGAGGAUGGCUGCCUACACCCCUUAGGGUUCCUGUCAGAAUCUUUCAAGGGAGCCAAACAGAAUUAUGACAUGCAUGACAAAGAACUACUUGCAAUCAUGCGUUCAUUUGAGUACUGGCAUAUAUUCCUAGAAGGGACAGCACAUCCAAUCACUGUCUUCACCAACCACCAGAACCUUGAGUACUGGAAGGAGUCCCACACCUUUAAUUGCCACCACACACAAUGGCACCUACUGCUUGCUGGGUAUAAUUUACAAAUUGUAUACCACCCCAGCAAACAAUCCAGUAAACCAGAUGCACUGUCCUGA